GUUUACUUGCUUGUUUAUUUAAAGUUAGAUUAAUUUUUGAAGUUUUUAAAUGUAAAAUGAAUGAUCAUUAUGAUGUACUAAAGGAUAUUCGUUUGUCUGAUAUUCCAUCUCUUGAUGAUGACGAAAAUAUUGCUACAAAGUCAGUGUACUCAGGAGCAGAUGUUAAACUUGAUGCUUUUGAUAACUUUCAUAAAUCACUAAAUCAUAGCGUUUCAGGAUACAUUUUUACUAUUUCUGAGGCUGCAAUUUUUUUGAAACAAUUUUCUCCUGAUAUUAUCAAGCAGGUAGCUCCUUUAAUAAUGAAACAGAGAUUAGGCUCUGAAACUAUAAAGAAACCACCUGAUAAAACAGAAUAUUGUGAUGGAGCACUUGAUCAAGAGGUAAGUCAAAUAACUAUUCAAAAAACUUUUUCUGGUAAUAAUAAGCUAAAUAAAAAUAUAAAAAGACCUGAUGCAUCUCGUCCUACACGUAUGCUGUCAGCAAGUAGCAACUCAUGUAGUCCAGUAUCUGCAGCUGUUCAUGCUUUAAUCAGUAUUAGUGCACCAGUUACAGAUGCUAUUAAUACAAAAACAACUAGUUACAAUACAAAUCCUCAAGAUAAUGGAUUAUUUAUUGAACAACAAAGAGUUUUUAAGCCUUUAUCAAAACCAGAAACAUUAGGUUCUGAAAGUGUGCAAGUUCUAAAACCUCUUGUUGAUAAAAGAGAGAAAAAUUUUGUGGUCACAAAUGACAAUAAAGAUGAAAUUUCGGAAGUGUUAGUAUCUUCAAAAAGUGACCCCUUUAUUUUUGUUACAACAUCAACAAAUGAAGCAUCUCAUCAAACAAAGAUGUCCACUAUAGUUAAUUCAUCCAAUAAUCCAAUAUCAUUCACUGACAUGCUUCAAAAUAAAUCAUUUUCUGAUGCUAAAGAUCUUGAACAAACUAAUUCUUCUCAAAAUAAUUUUAGUCAUUAUGAUGUUCUACCAAAUUUUAAUCUUCUUUUGAGUACAUCUGGUGUAGAUUUACAGUGCGGGUUACCAUCACCCUUUCAGCAACAAUUUCCUACUUCCCCUUUAACUUGUAACUCACAACAAGAGCCAGUAAGUACAGUUUGUCAGAACUUUCCACAUAGUACAAUAAUGCAUUCGUCGACUAUGUCUCAAUUGUUUUCUUCAUUGGUAAACAGUUCAUCGAUUGAGCAACAUUCAUAUAUAGAUCAAUCACAAGUAUUUGUAAAUAAUGAUCCGAUGCUAAUGAGUAUUCGAUUUCAAAAUCCUCUUCGAAAUAUUCUUCCAAAACCAGAAGUUACUUCAACUCUUGUUAUGCCUAUAAGCACUUCAAUAGUUCCUCCGUCCUCUUUAUCACAAUUAUCUCCUUUAAUUAAACUUGAUGAGAAAAAGAUGUUUCGCUACAGUGUACCUCCAAAUCAUAUAUUUCCAGUUAAAGUAGGGUCAAAUAGUGUUCAACCAUCAACAUCUACUUCAAAAUCUGUUAAUCGCAACCAAAACUUUUUUUUCCCAACAAAUCUUUCAUCGAUGGACGCUUUGAUGUUUGGAAAGCAUAAAACAAAAAAACCCAAAAUUAAGGAAGAUAAUGAAAAAAAAGAAAAUGCAUCACAUAGUUCUGAUUUACUUGUAUUGCCAAAUGUAUUCAAAAGGCAUUCUUUAGAAGCUGAAAAUACAGGGGGAAGUCUUCCGCUUGAGGUUGCAUCAGCUCUUUUAAGUAUGGGAACAGAGUCGUCAGCAGAAAACGAGGAUACUGUUCAAAAUAUAGUUGAAAAUAGUAUUAAAAAGCAAAAUCUUCAUAUCGAUGUAUCAUUUUCUGAAAGCGGGACUAUAAAGAUUGAUGAUGUUGAAAUUGAUCCUAAAAAGCAUGGUAUAAAAAGAGACAAAUUUAGCUGUGGAAAAUGUGGAAGAAUGUUUACAACUAUUCUUUACUUGUCUCGACAUAUUAAGAGAGUGUGUCCAGACAUGAGUCAAAGAAAAUGGAAGUGUGACAGAUGUGACAAAGCUUUCAGGCAUCCUUUUGGGUUACAACAGCAUUUAUAUACUCAUACUGGUGAACGACCUCACAAAUGUCCACAAUGUGCAAAAGCAUUUUACAGUGCGAACGAUUUACGGAGACAUGUAAGAACUCAUUCAGGUGAGCGACCAUAUGAAUGUAACCAAUGCAACAAGACUUUUUCAACAACCAUUUCGUUAAAGACUCACAGUUAUAUUCAUACAGGAGAGCGCCCUCAUCGUUGUUUACAUUGUCCCAAAACUUUUGCUACUUCAUCGAAGCUUAGUCGUCAUGUUGUUACUCACUCAAAUAAGAGACCUUAUCCGUGUGAUCUAUGUUCAAAAACGUUUAACCGUUCAGGUGAUCUUCGUCGACAUUCUGGUCAGUUUCACGGAAAAGGAAAUGAAUUGCUGGAAUGCGACCAGUGUAACAAAGUGUUUGCUACUCAAAAAUGUUUAGAUAAUCAUAAACUUUCACAUAAUCGCGACAUUCUCAUAAAUAGUGAUAAAUAGUUCUUUAAAUUUUAUGUAAUUUGAAUAUUUUAUACAAAUAGUAAAUAAUACUUGUUUUAUAAA